AUGGCAACCCCGAACCCAUCCAAGCGCCGGUUCGUCCCGGUCCCAAUAGAGACGACUUUUCAAUCGAACCGAAAGAGCACCCAGCCAGGCGCGCGACCGGCGGGCCCGAACCCGGAGUUGACGCCUGAGCCAUCUCCUCGAUCCGCCUCGCCGCCAAUGCCACAACCCCGACAGAGACGUCGAUUUAAACCCCAGUUGAUUGAGACAUCGAGAAGAGCCAGGAGAGCCGGUGACCCGGGCCCGGCUACCAGGCCGGCUGACAAAACCGACAUUACCCCGUACACCAACCACAUCUAUGCGGCAAAGCCAAAGCCCAGGAGGAAGCAUGGAGAGGCCCUGGAUGAUGAGUCGAUCCCGUUCAUUCCACCGACCAGGAGAGAAUCCGAGGAGGAGGGUGUCAAGGAGUACCUUUUAGAAAUUGCUGCCAGGGAGGCGGCAAGGCAGAUGGAAGAAGCUGCACUUGCGGCGUUCCCCAACAGCAGAGCUCGCGAGGGUGGUGUUGCUCAUUUCUACUUUCGUGAGAGUUCGGAGAGCGAUGAUUCUGCUCAAGUCUCGCCACAAAAUAAUGACAGCGGCCCUCAACCCAGGGUUCGGAGGAAGUCGUCAAAUCUGGGGCUGAACUGGUGGCACAAGCACAUGCAAAGCCAUGCAGAGCAGUUGGCACACGAGCGGGGUGACGACGAAAUGGUGCUUGACGCGGAUCGAGAUACAAUGAUGCGGACAGAUUCGGAUCUGGACAGGAUGGAUCUGCCUGUGCCUCCCGAUCCGUUGUGGACGACGACCAAUAGGAUCCUGCCCGAGGACAGGAGAGAUUCCAUGCCCGAACUACAAGACCUCAGGGAUUCCUUGACGCCUCUUUCACGGCCUGAUGGUGCUUUUGCCGUCGGCACCAGAUUCCAACCCGGGGAUGUGCCUUACAGCCGGCCGUCCCCAGACCAGCGAGACGGCGGAUUCAGCCUGUUUCCUCGCCCGGCAGACUCGGGCCCCGACAUUGGAUUCGGCCGGCCGUUUGGGGCAUUUGGCUCAAAAGCAGAGGAUCCCAAGCUGCAUCUUAUGCGGCAAGCCGCGUCGCCUCCGAUGCUUGGCAAGAGCCUGAUCUUUCGGCAGUGUCCGUCCCCGAAACAAACCAAGUUGGAGACGGACCACCCGUUCGCAAACCAUGACAUCAACAAGAAGAAAAAUCGAGACGUGACGGGCCAAGGCGGCCUCUGGAGGGGAUUCUGUUGCAGGACAGAGUCUAGCACAGAGUAUGUUGUCCCGGCUGACUUGCACGGGGCCAACAUGCUCGUGACUCCCUACCCACCGGCUAGUCCCCGAGACGGCGGGGGAUACGACUCGCGGUCGAUGAGUGACGAGCCAGAGUCCAUGUUCUCGUCGUCCAAUUCUUCCGAGAGCUUAACCAAUCUCAGCUCCAACCGUGCAGAGCACCGCCCUCGAACUGGUGAGUCCAAGGGCCUGCAUAUGCUGCAUGGCCUCGACGAUCGGCUACGCCGCGAAAAGGCGCAGGUAGAACUGGACGAGAAGAUUGCCUCGGAAUUCGACGACGAGUUCGUCACCCAAGUGUACAAUUACCUGUCCUUGGGCUAUCCAGCCACGGCACGCUAUUUCGACGGGGAGCUGUCCAAAAUCAGUAGAGUCACCGUGGAGGAGCUCUGCAGGGAUGAUGAGAGGCAAAGGGCCAAGGGUCACAUGCUCGAGAUGAACCUGCAGGCAACAGCCGAGAAUGACCGUUGCCCCAGAUGGAAAGCCCUGAGGACGUACAUUACGGAAUGGGCUCGACAGCACCCGGACCUUGACAAUCUCGACCCCCUGGCCUGGGGUGUGCGAGAACGACGCGGCAGCUGGGCCAUAUGA